UGGUCAAUGCAGGAUCACAGGGAGAUGUGAAUGUGCCUUGAAGGUUCUUCCAUUGAAGGCUAUGCUGCUCCUGCACAGGGAGGUGGGCUGCAGGUCCUGCUUUUGCUGCUUAGGUCCCAAAUUAACCCCUCUAAUUGAGAACAAAGGACACAGGGGGAAGCUGGGACUCCUUUGCCCGUCUGCCCGCACCAGCCCUUUGUAUUGGAAUAGCAGGAGUUGGACACCUAUGAGAUAAGCCCUCACUGACAACCAAGGCUGGAGCACAUGGACUGUGGCUAUUAACCAGAUCCCAUUCACUCGGUAUCAUCCAACCCAUCAGCGACCCCAAUUUUUUUUUAACCCUUAAAACAUUGCAGCUGGAACCCUGGAUAACAGCGAAGCUGAAGAACUCGUUGGGUAAUGGAGGAGUAUUUCAUGGAGGGCGGCCAUGUGUGGCUUGUUGUAAAUGGCACUUUGGUCCCGGCUACGGUCACCUCUUGCAGUGAUGGAGAUGUCCUGUUUACUAGUGACUAUGGACAGGAGUUCAUGUACCCCCGGAGUGCCCUCACCAGGGAUUUGGUGCUGCCGAUGCAUCAGAGUAACAGGGAAGGCGUGGAGGACAUGUCCUUGCUGUCGGACCUGCAUGAAGCCGCCAUCAUGUUGAAUCUUCAUCAACGUUACACAGUUGACAAAAUCUAUACCAAUAUCGGUUCUAUUCUGGCCUCAGUGAAUCCUUACAAACAAAUUGCAGGGUUGUACGAUGAGAGUGCAGUGGAUUUAUACAGUCGCCAUCAUUUAGGGGAACUUCCACCCCACAUAUUUGCUAUAGCCAAUGAGUGUUACCGCUGCUUGUGGAAGAGACAUGACAGCCAGUGCGUCCUCAUAAGUGGAGAGAGCGGUGCUGGCAAAACAGAGAGCACAAAACUGCUCCUUAAAUUCCUAUCAUCCAUGAGUCAGAGCUGCGCAGGAGACAAUCGGACACAUGUGGAGGAGGCCAUCAUGGAGAGCAGCCCGAUCCUCGAAGCUUUCGGAAAUGCCAAGACGGUUUACAAUAACAACUCGAGCCGCUUCGGAAAAUUCAUCCAGCUGCACUUCUCCCAGCAGGGCCACAUCCAGGGGGGCCGCGUGAUGGACUAUCUCCUGGAGAAGACCCGAGUGACACGGCAGAGUCCCGGAGAGAGGAACUAUCACAUAUUCUAUGCUCUGCUUGCUGGGGCCAGUAAAGAAGAAAGAGAAGGGCUCUCCCUCUCGGAUCCUCACUCCUAUCAGUAUCUCAACUCCUCCGGGUGUGUGACGGCCGAAGGCCUCAAUGAUAGAGACCUGUAUAAUAAAGUUUUGACGGCGCUGCAAGUGAUGGAUUUCAGCGAUGAAGAAAUCCGGGAGGUGUGGAAGCUGCUUUCUGGCACGCUGCAACUGGGGAAUAUGGAGUUCAUGACAGCAGGGGGCGCUCAGAUCACAAGCAAAGCAGUUUUGAGCGAUGUCGCCGAUCUUCUGGGAUUGGAUUCCUUCCAGCUUUCAGAGGUCCUCACCCAGAGAUCCAUGAUUUUAAGGGGGGAAGAGAUCAGUUCCCCUCUGACAGUCGAGCAGGCUAUAGACUCCCGAGACUCUUUGGCGAUGGCGCUCUACGCUCAGUGUUUCUCCUGGCUGCUGGGGAAAAUUAACGCUCGUAUUAAGGGAAAGGAAAACUUCAAAUCUAUCGGGAUUCUGGAUAUUUUUGGAUUUGAAAACUUCCAGGUGAACCGGUUUGAGCAGUUUAAUAUUAAUUAUGCCAACGAGAAGCUGCAGGAAUAUUUCAACAAACACAUAUUUUCCCUGGAACAGCUGGAAUAUAACAGGGAAGGGAUACACUGGGAAGCGAUUGACUGGAUGGACAAUGCAGAAUGUCUGGAUCUAGUGGAAAAGAAACUCGGUUUGUUGGCUUUGAUCAAUGAGGAGAGUCGUUUUCCGAAAGGCACAGACUUCACCCUGCUCGAGAAGCUCCAUAACCAGCAUGCUAACAACCCACAUUACGUGAAGCCUAGAGUUACUGAGAACCAGUUUGGCAUCAAGCACUAUGCAGGGGAGGUCACGUACGAUGUCGCCGGCUUCCUGGAGAAGAACAGGGACACCUUCCGUGAUGACAUUUUGAACAUGCUGAGAGACAGCAGGUUGGAUUUUAUCUAUGAUCUAUUUGAAAAAGUCUCCAGCAGAUGUGGGGGGGAAACACUGAAGAUGGGGACAAUGAAGAAGAAGCCGACAGUCAGUUCUCAGUUCAGGGAAUCCCUCCAUUCUCUCAUGGCAAUGCUGAAUACCUCAAACCCCUUCUUCAUCCGAUGCAUAAAAGCCAAUACUGAGAAGCUGCCGGAUAAGUUCAGCCCGGACGUGGUCCUAAAUCAGUUGAGAUAUUCCGGAAUGUUGGAGACGGUGAAGAUCAGGAGGGCCGGGUAUCCCGUCCGCAGGCAGUACUCAGACUUCAUGAGCAGGUACAAGAUGUUUCUGAAGAAUAUUACCAGUACUGACGACGUUCGGGGAAAAUGUGCGGCUCUCCUGCAGACCUUUGACGAGUCUAAAAAAGAAUGGCAGCUUGGAAAAACUAAGGUGUUCCUCAAAGAGUCGCUGGAGCAGCGUCUGGAGAAGAGUCGGGAUCAGGAGCUGAGGAGAGCGGCUUUGGUCAUCCGAGCCUACAUCCAGGGAUACAUUGCCAGGAAGCAUUAUAAGCACGUGCGUCUCAACAUCAUCACAAUUCAGAAGAAUUAUCGCGCUCAUUUCUGGAAAACCGUGUACCUUAGGCUCCGACACUCUGCUCUGCAGCUUCAGAAGCACUGGCGCGGGAGGACUGCGAGACGCCUGUAUCAGCAGAUGCUGGAGGAGGAGAGGAGGCGACGAGAGGAGGAAGAGAGAAAGCGGAAAGAAGAGGAGGAAAGACGGAGGCAAGAACUGGAAGAGCAAAGAAAGAUGGAGGAAGAGCGGAAAAGACGAGAGGAGGAAGAGAGAAGGGAGCAGGAGAGGCUGGAGGCUGAGCUAAGGGCUGCUCAGGAAGAACAGGAGAAAGCUCGGAACCUAGAGAACCUCCUUCUACAAGAAGAGGAACAACGACAGAUGGACGAGAUCUUGAGACUGGAAAAAGAGAUUGAGAAAUUGCAACACCAACAGAAGAUAGAGGGAGUGUCCAUCACCUGUACGGACACACGUAAUGAGCUGACUCGACAGCGGGAGGAACAGAUCCAUAAGCUGGAGAAGGAAGCAUCUCGGGUGGCUCAAGAAUUCCUGGAACUUUUGGACUUUGGGAACUUGGAUGAGAGUGCUAACAGCUUAGAGAAUGGAGUUGAUGGAACCAUGAAUGUGGAUGGUAGUUUGGUGGCACCUUUGGCUGAAGAGGAGAUAGAUGAAGGAUUUCACGCGGAUGAUGAGAUGUUACCGCCUCCACCCCCAAUGUUGCUUUUAGAAGAUGAUGAUGAUGUCUUUAAGACCAGCGAGAGCUUCUCAGAGAAUGGAACCUACACGCAAAUUCCCGGCAACUCCACGGAUUCACAAGUUUCUCCUCUAGAGCCUCCAUCUACUCAAGAUGUAUAUAGCGCCCUCUCUGACAAGUCUGAGAGCAUUUAUCAAUGUCUAUCGGAUGUCCAGAGCAACAGCGACGAGGCCCAAGAGCCCAUUUACAGCUACCCCCCUGAUGUGGAGUCAGACUAUGACCAUGAAGAGUUUGAUGAAGGUCCACCAGGUUCUACAGAUGCCAGGAACUCAAGUGAUGGUCACUUAACGGAUGAGGAGAUUCUUCGUAUCUCCAAGCCUGGCAGCUAUGGCUCACAGUGUGGCAGUCUGGAUUCGUUCUUGGACAGUGAUGAAGAAGCAGACAGCCAUAUUGACACUGAUGAAGAGCUGAUGACCUCACGCGUCACUCUGUUUAAUGGAGGGGGCCCACCCUAUUUUCACAGUUACCUGUAUAUGAAAGCCGGUGGCCUUAUGAACAUGUGGAGACGUCGGUGGUGUGUCCUCAAAGACGAAACCUUCAUGUGGUUCCGGACUAAGCAGGAAGCUUUGAAAUCAGGCUGGCUCUACAAGAAGGGUGGUGGGAUGUCCACUUUGUCCCGACGCAACUGGAAACGUCGCUGGUUUGUGCUACGAGAAUCCAAGCUGAUGUACUUUGAGAACGAUAGCGAAGAACGUCUAAGAGGGACCAUCGACGUCCGCACAGCCAAAGCCAUCAUUGAUAUCCAUGAGAAGGAGAACGCUCUGGAUAUUGUGACCGAGGAGCGAACGUAUCAUAUCGUGGCAGAGACUCCUGAAGACGCGAGCGGCUGGUUCAAUGUCCUGAGCAGAGUUCACAGCGCGACCUCCCAACAGCUGCGAGAUAUGAGGGAUGAACAAGCCAACCCCAAGAAUGCUGUGGGAACCCUGGAUGUGGGGCUUAUCGAUUCUGUCUGCGCCUCAGACUGUCCUGAUCGACCCAACUCCUUUGUAAUAAUCACUGCAAACCGGGUCAUCCACUGCAACACGGAUAUCCCCGAGGAGAUGCACCACUGGAUCUCUCUGCUGCAGAAGCCUCGAGGGGAGGCCAAGGUGGACGGACAGGAGUUUCUUGUGAGAGGUUGGCUCCAUAAAGAAGUCCAGAACAGCAACAAAAUGGCGUCCCUCAAAUUAAAACGGCGCUGGUUUGUGCUGACCCGGAAUGCUCUAGAUUAUUACAAGUCCUCCGAGCGAAUGGCAUCCAAACUGGGCACCCUGGUCCUGAACAGCCUGUGCUCUGUGGUGCAGCCUGAUGAGAAGACUCACACGGAGACAGGAUAUUGGAACAUUGUCGUGUACGGGAGGAAACAUUCCUACAGAUUGUAUACCAAGCUGCUGAAUGAGGCCAUGAGGUGGGCCAACGCCAUCCAGGGAGUGAUCGACAGCAAAGCCCCCAUAGAGACUCCGACCCAGCAACUCAUCCGGGACAUCAAGGAGAACAGCCUAAACAGUGAAGCUGUGGAGCAGACCUACAGAAGAAACCCCAUCUUAAGAUACACCCAGCAUCCUUUGCACUCGCCACUUCUACCUCUGCCUUAUGGGGACAUCAACCUCAGUUUGCAAAAGGAAAAAGGUUACACCACGCUGCAGGACGAGGCGGUGAGGAUCUUCAACUCUCUCCAGGAGAUCGAGACCGUCCCUGAUCCAGUCCCUAUAAUCCAGGGCAUCCUGCAGACCUGCCAGGACCUGAAACCCUUAAGAGAUGAAGUUUAUUGCCAGCUGAUCAAACAGACCAAUCAUGUCCCUCAACCCAACAGCCCGGGCAACCUGCGCCACUGGCAGCUGCUCACGUGUAUGAGCUGUACCUUCCUGCCCGGCCGAGACAUCCUGCGCUACCUUAAAUUCCACCUUAAGAGGGUGCGGGACAGCUUCCCUGGCACUGAAGUUGAACAGUUUGCUCACUUCAUCGUUGAUGCUCUGAAGAAAACGAAAUGUAGGGAGCUGGUUCCAUCACAAGAAGAGAUCUCGGCACUGCUGACACGCAGCAACAUGACCACAUCGGUUUACUGUCAUGGCGGAGGUUCCUGCCAGAUCAGUAUUAAUUCUCACACCACAGCAGGAGAGGUGGUGGAGAAAUUAAUCCGUGGACUGUCUAUGGAUGACAGCCGUAACAUGUUUGCCCUCUUUGAACGCAACAAACAGACAGACCGGGCAGUGGAGAGUCGGGUGAUCGUGGCGGACGUACUUGCAAAGUUUGAAAGACUUGCCGGCACAGGAGACGAGGAGGAGGAAUCUGCUCAGUGGACUCUGUAUUUCAAACUCUACUGCUUCCUGGACGUGCAGAGCGUUCCUAGAGAGGGCGUGGAGUUUGCCUUCAUGUUUGAGCAGGCUCAUGAAAGUCUAACAAGUGGUCACUUCCCAGCCCCAGAAGACACUUUACAACACUUAGCGGCCUUAAGAUUGCAAUAUCAGCAUGGAAACUUUGCUAAAGUUUCAUGGUCCCUGGAAAAUGUCUACCCUGUUCAGAGACUAAAGAACAAAAUUCUUCAGGCCACUAAAACCAGCAGCACCACGUCUGGUCAGACCCUGGAGAGGAGGAGAACCAGCUUUCUAGAGGGGACCUUGAAACGUGGCUUCAAAGUGGGCUCUAUGAAGAAACAGAAGAUGGAGGAAGAACAGAUGAUGGAGAUGUGGGUGAAAGAGGAACUGUCAGCAGCACGUACCAGUAUAGCGGAGAAAUGGAGUCGUCUUCAUGGGAUGUCCCAGCACCAGGCAAUGGUGAAUUAUAUGACGAUUGUUACUGAGUGGCCGGGAUAUGGAUCCACGCUGUUUGAUGUCGAGUAUAAAGAAGGAGGAUUUCCCAAUGAUUUGUGGCUGGGGGUCAGCACAGAGAAUGUCUCUGUUUACAAACGUGGAGAUCCAAAGCCCCUGGAGACGUUUCAGUAUGAGCACAUCAUCUUCUUCGGGGCUCCUCAGCCCAACACCUUUAAGAUUACAGUAGACGACAGAGAAAUGUUUUUUGAAACGACCCAGGUGGGAGAGAUCACCAAGAUCAUGAGAGCCUACAUCAACAUGAUUGUGAAGAAGCGCUGCAGCGUCAAGUCUGUAACAAGCCAGGACAGUCAAUUCAGCAGCUGGGCCAGGUGACCAAAUACGCCCCCUAGUGGUGGCAUUCCGGGACAUUCCCAGACCCAGUGACUAUAGCGUAACUGAUUUGGUGAUUACGUGACCUGCACAAUACACAGGAAUAAUAUGAGCGGUUCCCGAUCAACAUCGUAGACUGCAAGGAGGCAGAACCCUCUGAAGAACUUUUUGUAUUUAUGUGUCCAGACCUGGAGUAAGAGGAUAACCUGUCACAACCUCCUUGCACAACAGACUGGAGCCUUGAAUAUUCAAGGCGACUUUUAUUUCUGUAAAAUGGCUGUGAAAAAACAUCCUCCUUUUUUUCUAUUAAAAAUUCUGUCUUCCUGCUGAAGAUGUGACGUUGGGCCACCUCAGCUCCAGCUCAAUCUUCUGAAUCCUUCUCAGGGAUUUUCAAGAUUUGCAGGGGGCGUAUCUCCCACAGCUGGUAUUUGAUGAAGACAUUGAUGGAGGCCCAAGCUUUUGUUUCCAGUGGAGAUUGGAUAGUAUUAGUUACCCCCCCCCCCCCCGCCAUUGUGGACAAUCCCUGGUAGGACAGGGAAGGUUCUUCUCCGUUCUGUGCUUAUGAGAUCACCUCUGUAACAUAUGAAGAACAUGGAGUAUUAUUUAUUUUUUAAACUAUUCCGUCUUCCCGAUGCCACUAUGGCGCUCUCCUGUACAGGUGGCAUCAUCAUCCUCCAUAUUACAGUACGUGCUAUGUAGCAUUCGGUGACAGGCGCACCCUGGGGUAAGACUCCUCAUAUCCAGAGGACACAAACACACUCCUAUUAUACAGUGUUCCUGUUUUUAAUUGUCCGGUGCUGUAUUUAAGACCAUCGGUUACUUCAAUGGAGACUACUAAUCCCAUGGUGUCAUAUCUGAGAGACGUAUCUUUAUAGGAAUAUUCUGGGCAAAACUGGUGCACUCUGUUAUACCUAAAGCAGGGCCUCAGAGGCGGAGCAUGAUACAGGGAUUCAAACACCAGUGAGAGAAUUUUUGUCUCAUGCUCCACCCCCGCAGAGCGAGCACUAGGCAUAAAACAGUGAUUUAGAGUGGUCCUUUAAACUCUCCUUCAGACAAUCAUGGCACAGGGAUCAAAACUCUUUAAUGCACAAUGCCUCAUAAAGUAUUAUAGGGGUUGUCCAGGAUUAGGAAAACAUGGCUGCUUUGUUCCAGAAACUCCACACUUUCCCACAGGUUGCCUGUGGUAUUGCUGUCCGGCCCCAUUUACUUCAGUGGAGCUGAGCUGCAAUACCAGACACAACCCAUGAACAGGUGUGGCCCUAUUUCUAGAAGACAACAGCCAUGUUUUUCCAGUCCUGGUCCUAUCCUUUUCACAUGGACUCCUCUGCACCUACAGGUGAACACAGUAUAUAUUGCCAUCCAAUGCCAACCAGGGGAAGUAUCUAUUUUUUUUUUUUCUGGUUGGCGAAUGGAGGCCAUUGGGUUAUGUCUGUCUGACCUCUGCGGCCUCAGUCUUAGACCGUGCUUCUGGGCUGCUGCAGGCGGUGGUGCCCAGGAUUGAAUGUAUCUCGCUUCUUAUGAUAGAUGGUGGAGUUGACUGUUACUGCAUUUACAUUAUACUGCUAAUAAAUUAUUACGUUUAUUGAU